CGUCCAAGGCUUGGCGCUGGCGGCUUUCGCGACUCGCAACGACUCGACACUUCUCUCCACCUUCGACUGCGCUCACAGACAACCACCCACCCCAAAUCCCACGACCCCUCCCGGCAGUCUCACGAGGCGAACGCAAACUACGAACAGGGCCAGGCGGAGCACUAUCACCAGUAUUACUACCCAAAUAGCGCCUACCCACCUGCCACGACCACGACUCACGCGACACCGACGCACGACUACGAGCCUGCGGCCAUGGCAUACAAUCCUUAUGGCCAGGGCUACAAUGCUCAGUACGCACAGUACGCGGCUGCCCCGGCUUAUGGAACCCAGUAUACUCAGCAGGCACAGCAAUACGACACUCCACCGCAGAUCCGAAACCCAUUCGCCCCUCCACCCGCCGCAUCGUCAGCCUACGCUGCUCAGAAUGCCGGAUUCGAUCCCGACCACGAGGCUCAGAUUGCACAGUGGCAAGCACAGUACGCGCCAGCUGACCAACAACUGCGUGGCAAGAAGACCGGCAAGGAUGAAGUGAUCGGGAACGCUAAUUUAGCACCAUUGGGACAGCGCGGCGCAGCGACUAGUACCGCGGCAGCAGAGACUGACAAGAAGGAGGACAAGUACACUGUCGUUCGCAAAGGUGGUGGUGAGCAGUGGGAGGAUCAGUCGCUGCUUCAGUGGGAUCCGAACAAAUUCCGUAUCAUGGUUGGCAACCUGGCAGGUGAAGUGACGGACGACUCGCUUGCAAAGGCUUUCGCAGCCUAUGGCGUGUCAAAAGCCCGCGUGGUGCGCGACAAGCGAACGACAAAAUCGAAAGGUUUCGGCUUUGUGGAGUUCGAGGAAGGUGAGUUGGGCUUUAAGGCCGCACGAGAGAUGGUCGGCAAGUACAUCGGCAGUCAUCCAGUCACGAUCCAGCGAAGCAAGACAGAUGUGCGAGCGCAACCAAAGAAGGACAACAACAAGUACAAGGGAAAGAACGGUCGCAACAACGACAAGAACAAGGACAAGAAGAAGAAGAACGACAACGAUCCGCUCAAGGCACACACUGGAGCCGGCAUCGAGAAGAAGCCGUCCAAAGCGACUGCUGGUCUCAAGCUAUUGGGUUGAAUCAGUCUUCUCGAAUUGGCAAGGAGGCUCAUUGUGAACUUAGCGAGGCGUUCAGGGAUUAUCGAAUGGUGCAUAUGCGUGCGAUUGCCACGAGAUUGCAACGCUUCCGAGGCGUUGCGCUGGCGAGCAGGCAAGUUUUCGCUCUGUUAGAACAGAUGGAGUCAAUCAGAUGAGUAUGUUAACUUCUACCAUGUCCAAGG